AUGCUAUCGGCGCUAUUUCGUGGGCAUUGUCGGAGCAUUCAACUUCCGUAUCGAGCACUCUCGAGAGUUCAUUCUGGGGUUGUGGUUUGGAGGCCUGGGAUCGAUUCCAGUUGCAUCGACUUUCCGACGCUUUGCAAAGACCUCGUAUUUGUGGAUAAGUUCGCAAUACGGUGGAUUCGAUCCCGUGGAAAUGAUAGAGACAAUGGACACCAUUCCAGCGGAAAUGACUCUCAUUCUACUGAACAGAAAGAGGAGUCAUCGAAUUCCGGCGACCAAAAUCCGGAAAAACCCAAGGUGGACCCUGCUUUACUGCGCAAACUACGUAUAUACGUGCUAAUUGUUGGUGGCCUAUCAUUCGUGAUGUCGUUUCUAAUUUUGUCGCAAAUGGCAACAGGUCAAGGUCAGAUGGAAGGACUUCAGCCAGAGUUUUUGUCGAGGCAAGGCAUCGAUAUGAAAACAUUUGUGACAAGCUAUCUAAGAGCUGGAGAGGUGAGACGGAUCAUCUUUUGUCCCGACUACUCCAGAGCGGUUGCUUUUCUGCAUGAAGGGGCUGUGAUAGACGGAAAGAAGGCAUAUGAGCCAGUUGUUGUUGUCGCAUACUCGAAGGAUGCACAACAGUUCUGGGCUGAUAUUCGUAAGGAAGAAGAUGAUAUGGGUAUUUCCUUGUCCGAUGGAGUCCAAAUCGAUUUGUUCAGAGGCAUGACGACGUUCAGGAUGAUAGAGUUGGCGCUCGGCGUUUUAAUUAUUGCCUGGCUUCUUACUCAAUACGGACGUCUCAUGCGACAACGAUUUCUUGCCAAAAAGCAGAAGAAUAACGGUAGCAGUGGCGGUGAUUCGAAAUGA